UUGGUUGCGACCCUGCCAGAGGAAAUUCGUCCUGGGCCUGAUUUCCAUGGACUUCCAUGGGAGCCUAUUAUUAUCACUGCCUUAGUGGGAAUUGCCACACUAGCUGUAAUUUUCUGGAGAACCUGCCUUUCAGUGAAGAGUAGAAUAUAUCAAGUGACUGAGAAGCAACUUGCUGAAAAGAUUAAAAACCUUCUUCAAGAAAAAUCGGAAAUCUUAGAAAAGAUGUCAGUAUAUGAUCAAAAGAUAAAGGAAGCACAGGAGUCUGUGAAAGUGGCCCAAGAACAAAAAGACACUCUCUCCGAUGAAACUUCAGGGCUGAAGGACACAGUCAAAGGACUGGAAGAAGCAAAUCGUCAGCUAGACGACAGAGUAAAAAACCUGCACACAAUGCUUGAAACGGAGAGAAAAAAGAAUGAGAAGAAACAGAACAAGAUCUCUGAAACACAGAAGUCCUUGGAGAAACUGCAGGAAGCUAUCAGCGUGCAUUCUGUAGAGCUUUCGGAGGUGCAGAUAGCCCUUAAUGAAGCUAAACUAAGUGAAGAAAAGGUGAAAGCUGAGCUCCAUCAUGUACAGGAAGAGAAUGCUAGGCUAAAAAAGAGCAAGGAGCAACUGCUGAAAGAAGCUGAAGGUUGGAGCGAGAGGCAUACUGAGCUCAGCGAGCAGAUCAAACUCUAUCAGAAGUCUCAGAAGGACGUAGAGGAAGCCCUUGCCUACAAGGAAAAUGAAAUCGAAGUUUUGACGAACUGCAUUAUGCAGCUGAAGCAGCUCGAUGUGGAUCCGGCCUCCGAGGCCAAGAAGGAUGCCGAAGGGCCCGAGUGGGGCACAGGAGACGACCUGGCCAAUGGAGAGUUGCCAGAUCCUGAGAGCGAGCAGAUGAAGACUCAGAUCAAGCAGAUGAUGGAUGUCUCCAGGGUGAAAACGAUGUUGUCCAUCGUUGAAGAAGACAGAAACCUGCUGCAGUCCAAGCUGAGCGAUGAAGUGUCAGCCAGACACGAGCUAGAAGAGCAGAUAAAAAAAUUGGAGCACGACUCCUGUUUGCUCCAGUCAGCCAAAGAGCGUCUGGAAAACGAGUGCAAAACGCUGCAGCAGAAGGUGGAGAUUCUGGGGGAGCUUUACCAGCAGAAGGAGAUGGCGCUCCAGAAAAAACUCACUCAGGAAGAGUACGAGCGCCAGGAGAAGGAGCAGAAAUUGUCUGCUGCAGAUGAAAAAGCCGUGCUGGCCAUCGAGGAAGUGAAAGUUUACAAGCAAAGGAUCCAAGAUAUGGAAGAAGAAUUGCAAAAAACAGAGAGGUCUUACAAAAACCAGAUUGCUGCUCAUGAGAAAAAGGCACACGACAAUUGGCUUAUUGCCCGCUCUGCCGAGAGAGCUCUGGCUGAAGAAAAAAGAGAAGCAGCCAACCUGAGGCAGAAAUUAAUAGAAGUCAACCAAAAAAUCGUCAUGCUUCAAAGGCCGUUAAUUGUAAAGCCAACUCCUGGCAGACCCGAUCGCCAGGUCCCACCGCGACGAGGGCCCUUAAGCAGGGAUGGCUCCUUCGGCCCAUCCCCUGUCAGCGGAGGGAAUCCGUCACCUACCCAGAUGAUAGACGUUCCUGCCCGGCCCCUUUCCGCCCCUCGAAGGGAGGGCUCAAGAGGGGAAUUCGGCACAGUGGUGGAUGGCCCCCCUGUUCCGCGAAGGCCGCCCGAGUUACCCGGGAGGAUGUCUGUUCCGGACCUCGGGCCUGCUGUGGCAUCCCUGAUCAGCGGUGGGCCGAGAACCUCCUCCCCUUCCGCAGCGGUGGAUGGAGCGGCUAAUGCCAGUUCCAAAGGCCCGCCUUCUUUCCCUGGGACACCUCUCAUGACCUCCCCGGUGAUGGGACCGCCACCUCCGCCCCCCGUGCGCUACGGACCGCCGCCGGCUCCUCUCCGUGGGCACUUAGGGCCUCGACCUCUUCCUGUGCCCCUAGUUCGUGGUGCUCCCAUGCCACCUCCGCCUGCAAGAGAUUUCCUACCCGGCCCGCCCUUAGGGAUGAGAGAUCUGCCUCCCGGCCCGCUGCCGCCACCUCCAGACCUGAGGGCCUAUGGCCGUGCGCACCCUCCUUUUCGGCCCCUAGGUCCUCCUGGCCCAAGGGAUUAUCCUCCAGGCCCGCGGCUCCCCCCGCCUGGCGCGAGGGACUAUCCGCCUUCUCCGAGCAGAGACUUGGCUCCGGUGGGCCCCAAAGACUACCCCGCGGGGCCCCCCCCGCCUCCAGGCUCAAAGGACUACGCACAGCCUCCAGCGCCGAAACCCUGA